AAUUUUACAAGAAGUUGAUACAGAAAAGAAAAUAGUAAGUGAUCCUUACAAAGAUGUAAACGUAAAUACUUAUAGUUAAAAAAUAAUUUUAUGGAUGUUCUUUAUCAUUUGUUAAAAACAAAAAUCAAUCAAAAUGAAUUUAUAAUAUAUAAAUGUAUUAAUAGAAAUUUAAAAGAGUAACUGUUGAGUUUCUUGCGGGCUCCUCUCAACAGAUAACAACCUUCCGAGCCCUGCAGUAGAUUAAAAAAAAAAUUACAAUUUAAAAAGUGCUUGUAAACAAGUAUAUUUGAAUAAAGACGAUUAGAAUUUAAAUUAAAAAAAAAAAACAUGCAUGUCCAAGCGAUUAAAGAGACUGAGAAUUAGGCACUCGUGAUACAUUAAUAUAAUAUAUUUUUAUUUAUCGAUGAACCCAAAUGGAAGCCAGGUCGGAAUACAAUAUGAAAGGCGAGCUGCGGCAUUAAAUCAGAUGCAAAAUCUAUUGAAGCGGAGGUAAAAGUAAAUUGGUACGUACCUAUGUAAUGAAACGUAGUAAGUGUUCGGCGAUAUGACAAUUGCAAUGCGCAUGUGUGCAGAAUGCCAAGGCGCCAGUGAGUCAAAGCGAGCGAAGCGAGCGGUCCGCUUCUUUACAUCUCUAUUUAAUGAGCGAUCGCGAACAUAAACUUUCGUAUCAAUUUGGCGGGAAAAAAUGAAUAAAGUAUAUUAAUUUUUAUUAGUGGCUCGCGCGGUAUUGUCUUCAAGUUCUUAAUUCAAAUACGAUAAAUAGAAAAUAUUUUUAAAGUGCGCUAUUCAGUUUAGUUUUUGAGUUCUCAGUGGCCAGUGUUUUGUACUGUGUUUUCUAUUUGUAAAAUAAUAAUUUGAGUUUUUUUUUUUUAGUGAAAUUAGUGACUUGUGCAUGCAUUACUAGUGACCGAAGAUUAUAAAGGAAACUGUCUAAGAAGAUUAUUGCAUCACAAUUGGGCUGCUCGAGUCGGCGGAAGGUGACUUUAAAAAGACAAUGCGGGUGACAUAAGGCUACGCGGGCGAUGCGCCGCGAGGGCGGCCGCGCGCAGCGCCGGGCGGCGCGCGUAAUAUGCGCUCGCUGAAUGUGUCGGCGUGCGCGGCGCUGCUGGAGGACGUGCGCUGGGACGAGCCUGCCAGCCUCGCGAGCCUAGCCGUGCUCGCGCUCAUCGACGUGCUGGUCAUCGCAGGAAACUGCCUGGUCAUAGCUGCCGUGCUAUGCUCUUCCAAGCUGCGCAGUGUUACCAAUCUGUUCAUCGUGUCACUGGCGGUCGCCGACUUGCUGGUCGGCGUUGCUGUUCUCCCGUUUUCUGCGACGAGAGAAGUUUUUGAGAUAUGGAUCUUUGGAGACGUGUGGUGCUCGGUGUGGUUAGCAGUAGACGUCUGGAUGUGCACUGCCUCCAUCCUGAACCUGUGCGCUAUCUCACUGGACCGCUACGUGGCCGUCACAAGGCCAGUCAGCUAUCCUAGCAUCAUGAGCAGGAAGAGAGCAAAAGCGCUGAUCGCUGGACUGUGGGUGCUGUCAUUCGUGAUCUGCUUCCCACCGCUGGUCGGAUGGAAGGAUAAGAAGGCUGAUGAAGCGGAAACUAAAGAUGGCUGGUCUCCAAAUCCACCGUGCCCCUGGACCUGCGAGCUGACCAACGACGCCGGCUACGUGGUGUACUCGGCCCUCGGCUCCUUCUACAUUCCCAUGUUCGUGAUGCUGUUCUUCUACUGGAGGAUAUACAAGGCCGCAGUGAGGACUACGAAGGCCAUCAACCAGGGCUUCAGAACUACAAAAGGCAAAGGCAUGGGCAGUCGUUUCGAUGAUAAUCGACUAACCCUGAGGAUACACAGGGGGCGCGGCUCUGCCAGGCCCCACGGCUCUCCACUGUCGACAGCAUCCAACCACUCUACUAGUACCUCUCUCAGCGCAUCUCCUGAGAGAUUAAGAAGACACUCGAGCGCGCGUCGAGCACACGAAAAGGUCAAAAUAUCCGUGUCGUACCCGUCCUCCGAGCAAAUAUGUCCGACGAUAGAGAACUCCCGCUCGCCGAGCCCCUCACUAUACGCGGUCCACUACGAAAGGGACGGCAGGGAGCUGACGGAGAGCAGGCUGAGGGUGCGACCGUCUCAUCACCUGACGCCCACCUGCUACGACGAAUACGACGACAAGCCUCGAGCGACGAGGCGGAUGGGCAAAAGGAAUAUUAAAGCACAGGUAAAACGGUUCCGAAUGGAGACGAAGGCAGCUAAAACCCUUGGCAUCAUCGUCGGUGGUUUCGUCUUCUGCUGGUUGCCAUUCUUCAGCGUGUACGUCGUGAGAGCCUUCUGCGGGGAGUGUGUCACACCGAUAGUCUUCUCUGUUCUCUUCUGGCUGGGCUACUGCAAUUCUGCUAUCAACCCUCUCAUCUAUGCACUCUUUUCUAAGGAUUUCAGGUUCGCAUUCAAGCGUAUAAUCUGCAAGUGUUUCUGCGCCGGCGGUGGUCCUCGGCGCGAGUCAGACGGGGACGGUUCGCGGCGCGCGCGCCCCACGCACUCACACUCACUGGACGAGCACGACGUCAAUAUAGCAGCCGCUACUGCUCCGGCCGCCACUACCGCUGCGGAAAGGUGACGUCUAACAAUGCGACGGCAGAACCCGCAGUUCCAGUCAACCGUCGCAUGUGUUUAGCGAGAAUUUCACACCUGUUACAAGUGUAUAGCAAGAAGUAGCAGCAUCGUUAUAACGGUUAUUUACAAAUUAGAACUAACGUUUUUUAUGGUAAAAAAAAAAAAAACUGUUCGUCAAUGAUGUUGUUUGUAAUAAAUUAACGUUGCACAUUAAAGAUUUAACAAAAUUUAGAUUCACUAUAAUUGAAUUGAUGUGCAUAUAGGAAUUUGUAAAUUCAAUUUUUAAUAUGAGUACUUUUCUGCAAUAUACUUACGCUUAUCGAAUGAAUAUUCCAAUAAGUUUAUUACUUUUGCCCAAUUAUCCAAAAAGGAAAUGUUUUUUCCGGUUUAUAAUAUAUGUAUAACUGUUUUUUUAUACUUGGCAUAUUUAGUAAAUAUUAUUACCUUAUCAUUUUUUAAGUUUAAGAUUUUAAAAAUAACAUAAAUAAUAUUUAAAAUGAAUCAAUUAACAAUGUUAUUUUGAAUAGCUGCUUAUUUCAUACACUAUUCAUAUUAUUAAUUCGAUACAAAACAUACCAAAUAUAUUUGCGCGCUAAAUAUGCCGAAUAGAAAGACCUUUAGUACGAUAUGCCUAAUCAACUUGAUAGAUUGUAAUGAAUGGUAUAAUUGUUAGAAAGACUUAAUAAUUAUUAGAUUUUUUUUUAAUUCUGAAAUCGAUUUUACGACAAAAUAAUGAUUAUCAUCGUAAAAUAAAUACGAUGACCGUAAACUGUUCAAUAAUUAUAUUUUUACGAUCUCAUCAAAUUCGUCUAUUUAUUUUAAUAAUGACUAGUCAUUAUUCACGACAUCAUCCUUGAAACUAGGAUAUGUGUAUAGAACGGUAUAAGAAAUAGCCUAUACCUUUUUCCAUCACAAACCUUGAAAUAUAUAUAAUUUUAUAAUAAUUGGUUAAAGUGUUAAGGCGUCAAAACGUAACAAAACGUAACAAACAAACUUUCAUAUUUAUAAUAUUAGUAAAGAUAUGUGUGUAGGUACGUUUUGUUUACAAUGUGUAUGUAAUAUUUUCCAUAUUUCAGUUUAAUAAUCAUGAAUCACCUAAUCCUAAAUUAACUGUAACAGUUAAUCAUAAUCACUCAAUAGUUAGUUAAUAUAGUUACUAGUUAUUGUGAACACAUAAAUUAUCCGAAAAGUACUUAUAUUUUAAUUUUAUUAUUUAUUGAUAAGUGAAUUAUUUAUUGAAAAGACUGUCUAAACUAAAUCAUAACAUUACAAUGUAUUAUAUUAGAUAGUUAAUUGUUGUUAAAUACCGAGGAACUUUAGUUAUAUUGUUAAAUGAAUACAAUAAAUACGUAAACGAUUAAUCAAAUCAAUAGUCAAGUGUAACGCUUAUAUACAUUAAACGGCGUGCAAGUUAAUUUAUUGAACCUUGUCAUAAUGUAAGUUUAUAAUAAACUUUUUAUAAUACGCUGUAAAAAUUAAUACUCAGAUCGCAAAAUAAUUCGUUAAAAUCGUAAUCAUGGCAUUGAAUUAGUAACACGACAUCGCUGCAUAUUAACUAGUGAAAUAUCAUUUUUCAAUGAAGAAAAACGGUUUCUUAUAAUUGAAAUAACAAAAAGUUAUUACAGGACCUGAUCACCCUUGCUUAAUGACUGUAUUCUAUUCGUAAACAUGUAUAUUAAUCGUUUUCUAUAUGUAGAUAAGCUAGAAGCCUUCUAUGGCUAAAAUAUAGAUAAUUUCAUGUCCUUCCUAAUAUUCCUAUCUUGAAUAAAUAUCUACUUAUCAAUCUCCUACUUCUAAUUACAUCAUACCCAAUACUCCCUUAGAGUUGCAAUAGACAGUGUGAUAUUAGAUUAUUUUUAACCAUGUCCAAGGUCACAUAAAGUCUAGAAACAAUACGGUGUUAUAUGUACAACGUGUGAGCUCUUUUCUGUCUAUAUACAUAAUGACAUUUAAUUUUUUUAUUUGAUUUUAAUUUGAUAAUUUACGAUUGUUUUGUAAUUUUAAAUUAUAUUAAAAUUUUACGAAAUUAAUUUUUUAGGUGUACUGUUUAAAAAUAUUCUUUUUUAGUAUUGCAACUUAAAUUUAAUUAAAACAGCCUUUUAUGUUUUAUGUAAUAUAGACGAAAACAGACAAUGAAACGGUGGUAGACAGUGCCUCUUUUUAAAUAAGUACUGUUAAAAUAAAAUAGCUCUCUUAUUAUGUGGGUCAGUGGAUAUCAACUCUGUUGGUAGAUUGCGGUCACAGAAUUAUAUAAAAACAAAUAGAUUUUACAUUGAGUACCUGCUAUAUUAAUUCUUGUUUAUAUUAUAUUUUUCCCCCUGGACUUAUUACCUAAUAUUGUCUAGGUUAAAAUUAAACAGAGCUUGUACUAUGGAUACUAGGAAAGUAGUAAAAUAAAUAUAUAUAGAUACAUGCAUUUAUUACAUAAAAAACUUCUAAAUAAAAUAAAGAAAAUAAUUUUACAAUAAAUUAUUGUAUUGUGCGAAAAUCGAUUCCGUAAACAGUAUAUUUAUAAAUAACCUCAGUCAUUUGAUAGUUGAUUUUUGCUCCUAAUUGUUUAAAUAUAGCAUUAAAGUUUCACUUAAAGGAAGUAAAAAAAGCGCUCCAACCUGCUGUUUUACUAAAUAUACCUCAUCAGAAAUAAUAGCAUUGGCCUUUUCAAGAAUAUUAUCCAGGUGGGGGUCUAGUCCCUUAAAAAAUACAUAAAUAAAAAUACUUUUAUAAUAUCUUUGAUCAUAGUUGAAAGCUCUACUCUUGAUCUUAGGGCGAAUACUAGACAAUUCUGGGGUAGGCAUGGUCCCCUUAUAUACGUCUAUAAAUCAUAGUCAAUGUUAACUACUUUGUUAAUCCUAAUAGGUAUAUAAUGAAUAUAAUUUUUGUUAAACGUCAUGUCAGUUAAAUUUAUUACAAUAACAUUUAUGCAAUUAAACUAGAACUAAAAAUAAACUAUGGAAUGUGGUAAUUUCUUAGGCACAAAACAUUUAAACUAUACCCUGGUAUCAUAUAUAAGAAGAGCAAUGUCUUCCACAUAAUACUUAUUCAUGCUACUUUGUUCGCUUCAAUGUUUAGAAUCGUACAAGCUCAAGAAAGUUUAUAAAAACAAUAAUUCGUACUUUAAAAUGUUUUAUCAAAGAAAAAAAUAACUGCCAAAAACGAGCUUAAUGAAUAACUAGCGGUACUGAUUGUUUUAAAAUUUCGCUAAAUAAAAGGACGAACUUGGGGUUGUGAAUAGCUAACCGAAUUUAUUAAGAGAGUGAUAACCACAAAGGUACCCAUCACUAGUCUAAACGGGUAUCCUAAUUAGUUAUUGAAUCAAAGAUCUCGACGUUCCUCAAAUUUAUUCGAUUGUGUAUUCGAUGUUUUAACAUAUACGUUAGUCGAGUGUUGUACGUUUAUGUGUAAACGAUAUAAAUAUUAUUAUGUAUAAAUAUACGAGA